CCCGCCGCCGCGCUGGGACCGGUCCGUCCGGCGGCUGCAGGGCCGCGGCGGGCGGCGCGCAGCAUGGGCGGCCCGCGGGCCUGGGCGCUGCUCGGCCUGGCGCUCCUGCUCCCGGGGGGCGGCGCCGCCUGGAGCGUCGAGGGAGCCCCGCUGUCCGGCCGCAGGAACUGGUGCUCCUACGUGGUGACCCGCACCGUCUCCUGCCACGUGCAGAACGGCACGUACCUCCAGCGGGUGCUGCAGGGCUGCCCCUGGCCCAUGGGCUGCCCGGGGAGCAGCUACAGGACCGUGGUGAGGCCCACGUACAAGGUCGUGUACAAGACGGUGACCGCCCGCGAGUGGAGGUGCUGCCCCGGGUACGCGGGGGCCGGCUGCGAGGAAGUUGCAGGCUCCUCCGGCUUCGUGGAGCCCAGAUGGCCCGGCAACGCCAUGCGGCGGGCGGUGCUCCGGCCCUCAGCCUUCUCAGGUUGUGUCAACUGCAGCAAAGUGUCGGACCUGGCCGAGCGGCUGAAGGUGCUGGAGGCCAAGGUGGCCGUGCUGACUGUUACCCAGCAGGCGGCGCCCCCCACCCCAGCUGCCCCCGAGGACCUCGCCCCUCUCUGGGGCUCCCCAGCCGCCCAGGGCAGCCCUGGGGACGGAGACCUCCGAGCUCCAGGGCUGCCGGGAGCCAGAGACGCCCCGAGGGCCCCACUGCUCCCCAGAGACGACCGAGUCGGUGCCCGGGGACUUCCCGGGCCCGUUGGCCCCAAGGGAGACACUGGCAGCCGGGGCCCGACAGGAAUGAGAGGCCCCCCAGGUCCACAGGGCCCCCCAGGGAGCCCUGGCCAGGACGGAGCCGUGGGCACCCCUGGAGAAAGGGGACCUCCAGGCCCCCCUGGGCCCCCCGGCCCCCCAGCCCCUGUUGGACCACCCCACGCCCGGAUCUCAGAGCAUGGGGACCCGUUCCUGUCUAACACCUUCACUGAGACCAGCAGCCACUGGCCCCAGGGACCAGCUGGGCCCCCCGGGCCCCCGGGGCCUAUUGGUCCCCCGGGACCUCCUGGUCCCAUGGGCAUCCCUGGGGGCCCUGGGCACUCGGGACCCCCGGGCCCCACUGGACCCCAAGGAAUCUCUGGCCACCCGGGAGAAAAGGGUGAGAGAGGACUGCGUGGAGAGCCAGGCCCGCAGGGCUCCAUGGGACAGCGGGGAGAACCUGGCCCCAAAGGAGACCCCGGUGAGAAGAGCCAUUGGAACCAGAGGGGUCGGGGGCAGGCCCCGCCGGCACCGGCACCCCCACCCUCCUUCGCGGCAAGAGGGGAGGACGCACAGCCAACUACCGGACCGUGGCCCCCAGGAGCCGCAACGAGAGGGGCUGAGGGGGCGGUGGCCCCUCGGGUGGACCGGGCAGCUGCCUCUAGGGGCCGCCGAUGCUAUUUAUUAUGUCCUCAGGGUCCCUCUGCCGCCUGGGCCUUUGGGGGAAGCAGGCCUGGGUCCUGGCACCCCAGGCAUGGCUGCCUCGCAUGAGGCUGAGCAGGGAUGGGGCGGAGGAGAGGGGGCCCAGGAGUGGGGGGGGGCCUGUUUCCCUCUGUGAAAUGGGUGAUGGGGCCUGCAGGGAGGGGGUUUGCCUUCCCAUCAGCUGCCCAGGCCUCGGGCCUGCAGGCACUGCGGGAGCUCAGCUCUGCCUGGCCCUCAGCACGUGCAGGCACUUGAAGGAGGGCAGCUCGCCUCCCUCCCUCCCCAUCAGACCCCCAACCCCUUCUCCCGUUUCCUGGUUUCUGGUGCUGGGUUCCUGACCCCGAGUCAAGCCGCCUGAGCUGACAGAUGUGGGGACCGCUCCACUCAGUUCUGUCCCGGAGCCGCAAGCUACUCCUGUGUCCCAGGUGGGGGGAGGGGGGCAGGGACAUGGAAAGGGAGGAGCCACC